UUACUAGUAGGAACAUUAAGACAACCUCUUCUUUUGAAGAAAUCUUUGGUAGAUUCUCUUAAAGAACCUUUUGAAGAACCUUUAGAAGAACCUUUGGAAGAGGUAGAACUUUUGGAAGAGCUUUUAGGAUCUUUAUUUUUUUGGCAAUUACUUUUUGAUGUUGGUUUAGAUAUAAAGUUAGACGCAUUAGAUGAAGAUUUAGAGUUGGACGUAGAUUUAGACAUAGAGUUAGGCAUAGAAGAGUUAGACGUGGAGUUAGACAUGGAGUUAGGCAUAGAGUUAGGCAUAGAGUUAGACAUGGAGUUAGAUGUAGAGUUAAACGUGCUAGAAUUGUUUGUUUCAGGGUUAUUGGUUCUGAAAUAA